AUGCCUGAGAUAAAUUAUGCCCCGCGAGGUGGCAGGAAUAGGAGUGCAUGCGAUCUAUGUCGGCACCGAAAGAAUGCCCUGUCUACAUUUCAACAACAUCUGGAGUACUCCUGGCCCGGAGGUGACCGGUCAUCCCACAGGGCCAGCUUCUGCUCCGCAAUAUUUCACCACACUGGUUCUCAUUUCGAUCUUGACAACUUCUUCCGUCAGGUCACAGACUCGUAUCAAUCGCGAUUUGGGAUAGAAGAAAAGAAGCAAGCGACCUCCCAAUGGCCUGACAAGCGUUUGGUCAGGAAUUGUAUUGAAUAUUAUGAUCGCAAAGGACUUUACUCGGUCUUCCCCAUAGUCGAUAUUCGCGUGGUCCGUGAGCUCUUUGACGCGGGUGUUUUAGACGACCCAUCCAAAGCCAGUCCCGUGGCCAACAAGGCAUGUCUCGUCGCAUUCACGGCGCUUAUCGCUCAGCUACAUCGCCAUAGCCCAAUGUUCGCGCACGCUAAACCGGAUUCCUACGUGCGAGCGGUGUUAUCAUUGUUACCAGACUUAUUCAUGGAAGAGGCUGACGUGCGAACAUUGGAAACGUUCAUUAUUUUGACCAUAUAUAUACCCCCGACCGGGCAAAGUUACCCAGCUGAGAUGAUGCUUGCUGCAGCUGUACGCAUCCUCUAUAAGCUUGGUGGCCACCGACAAAAUAAUCCCGACGGGGAUCAGGGGACGCACAACCAUUACCACAUACGCUCUCUCUUCUGGCUAAGUUAUUGGAUGGACAAAGAAAUGUCAUUACGCGCGUGUCGCGAACCGAUGAUAAACGACGCAAGCUGUGACUUGGAAUUGCCGUCCACCUAUGUCUCCCAAUCCUCGACUUAUCAAUUCCUACAGGCUCCCCUCUCGUCUGAAAUACUACUAUAUCCUUCCGACCUCCGCCUUGCGCUAAUCAAAUCAAAAAUCUAUCGUCUGCUUCACUCUGACUCAGGCCGUGCCCAUCCCGAAUCCACCCGGAUGCAACACAUCAUUGAGCUAGAUCAAGAGCUGAGUGCUUUAGAAUCGAGCUUUCCUGCACAUUGCCAACCUCAUGUGUUCGCAACCCCAGAUUGUCCUUUGUACGCAUUCCAUGACCUUAGCAUGCGUGGUGUGACUUUGCACUUGGAUUACUACUAUUGCGUGAAAAGGAUCCACGAGGCAAGUGCUGCCUGCAGCACACAGUAUUCCUUUUCGUCGGGCAUGGGGCUUUCUUACCAGACUUCACGAUGCAUCAACGGUAAUCGCGCCAAGAAACACCGUCAUCUCUAUUUGGACCCACCAAAGAUGUCCGAACCAAUUAUUUCAUUGCCGAUGAAUAAGCGGGCCGUUUUUGCCCCGAGAUAUGAAGUGCCAAGCUCUGGUAACCAAGCGUGCCCAGUUGAGGACAAGACCAAAUCUACAGGAUGGAAAGUCCUUUGCACUGCCUAUGAGCGGACGAGUCUUACUAACUAG